AAAUGGAGCAGCGGCUCCUUUGUGGGCUCUUACAUCCCCGUCCUGGGUGCACAGCCCGGAUAUUUGAUCUGUGGGGUGAUUGAUAAGUGAGGGAGAGGGGACGCGAUCCCUCCCUCCCUCCUCCCUUCCUCCUCCCUCCCUUCUUCCCCUCUCCUCCCUCCCGCUUUACUUCCCUCCUCCCUCUCGCCUCCCUCCCUCCUUCCUGCAAGAAGCGUUGCCCGUUGGCUAGCUGCUCGGUGGGGAUCUGCCUGCCCUGGGGGCGCCGCCCGCGCUCCCCGCGGUGCUCUCGCUCCUGGGCUGCGCCAGUCCGAGGCGGUGCCGGCUCCUUUGCCUCCCCGAGUCGCAGAUGCUGCGGGCGCCUCCGGGAAAAGAUCUGGGCAGCGCGCUCGCUCGAUGGACACAGGAAGAUCCAGAAGCUAGUGGCACAUCUAGCAACAGAGCCAGAUCAGAACCCAGGCAAGAAGUGCACGUUUAAACCUCAUUAUCUGGCUAAGUAUAAACCUCAGGGAGAAAAGGGUUUUGUUUUUGUUUUUCUCAGUCUAUAAGCUAACAUUGAGCUGACUUUCAGAGUCCAGGCAAAUAUGUUUGGUGGGUCACCACCCAGAAAGGAAUUCUCUUAGCACUGAAUCAGGGCUCUGCAUGUAAAGUAUAAAUCCCCUAAGAGAACUCCUCACCCUCCUACACAGACACAUUGGUGCAUGCACACACACCCCACUCUCUGCACAGAGAGCAUCUGAGCUAGGAGCUGGCAAGUGGGGCACCAGUCCUGUAGCAAAGAGGCACACCACACACACACACACACUCUCUCUCUCUCACACACACACACACACACACUCUCUCUCUCUCUCUCUCUCACACACACACACACACACACACACACACACUUCUCCCUUGCUUGGGAAUCUGGGAGAAGAACCCCCCACCCCCACCCCUGCCCUCCAUAGGCAUUGUGUAGGUGAGAGAAAGAGGGAGGAGUGAGAGAGAACACACAGAGGGGCCCAAGGAGCUGCCAGGCCAUUAGCAGGGCCCCUCCUUGAGAAACCCCUCUGCAGGAGCUUCUCCUGCCGCCAGCCAGGUUGGAGGUGGAGUAGUUCAGAAUCAACUGACGCAGCCGGGAAUUGAGCUUUGCAAAGCCACUUGCAAGGAAGGGAAGCAUCUGCCCAACCCUCCCCCACCGCGCGCCCUGGAUCCUCUGCCUGCCCCCUCCCCCGUGACGUCACCCUAGUCCUGUCCCGGGGAGCCUGCAAAGCCUCUCAGAUUCAAACUGCUAGACGCACUGCUGCCACCGCCACCGAAUUGGAAACGCGCGCCCAGGCUCUGUCGUCGCCUUCGCCCGCCGACCGGGCCAGCCGGCUCUCCGACCUCCCUACAGAAUCGCACCCCAGUCCCUCCCUGGCAGCUCGGCUUCCCUCAGCUCCAACUCUUCUCUUCCGCUCCUGCCUCCUGUCGGAUUUUUAAUUUCUGCGCACCCCUAGUCAAAUUAAAUCAACCAACAAAAAGCAGGGCAUCCGCCCUGGAAGCAGCGUCUUAUUUUACCUUGUUCUCCCACUUCCUGAAGAUGCUAAACUCCUGGUGGACUGCAGAGGAGAGGGAUUCAGUCUUCUCCUGAUGUCGAUUGCGAUUUCUGCUGGGAGCUCAAGACGGGCGAGCUGCCCGAGAUCUCUUCGAGAUACCCCAGGGGAGGAGGAGAUGGGCAGGAUUUAGUAGGACAACUCGGUUACUAAUGACUUGGCGGCUGGCUGCGACCCCCCGGGAAAUCAGGUGCAAGCAUGUUUGCCUGUAGGUACCUGAGUUGACACCGAAGGUGCCUAAAGAUGCUGAGCGGCGUUUGGUUCCUCAGUGUGUUAACCGUGGCCGGGAUCUUACAGACAGAGAGUCGCAAAACUGCCAAAGACAUUUGCAAGAUCCGCUGUCUGUGCGAAGAAAAGGAAAACGUACUGAAUAUCAACUGUGAGAACAAAGGAUUUACAACAGUUAGCCUGCUCCAGCCCCCCCAGUAUCGAAUCUAUCAGCUUUUUCUCAAUGGAAACCUCUUGACAAGACUGUAUCCAAACGAAUUUGUCAAUUACUCCAACGCGGUGACUCUUCACCUAGGUAACAACGGGUUACAGGAGAUCCGAACGGGGGCAUUCAGUGGCCUGAAAACUCUCAAAAGACUGCAUCUCAACAACAACAAGCUUGAGAUAUUGAGGGAGGACACCUUCCUAGGCCUGGAGAGCCUGGAGUAUCUCCAGGCCGACUACAAUUACAUCAGUGCCAUCGAGGCUGGGGCAUUCAGCAAACUUAACAAGCUCAAAGUGCUCAUCCUGAAUGACAACCUUCUGCUUUCACUGCCCAGCAAUGUGUUCCGCUUUGUCCUGCUGACCCACUUAGACCUCAGGGGGAAUAGGCUAAAAGUAAUGCCUUUUGCUGGCGUCCUUGAACAUAUUGGAGGGAUCAUGGAGAUUCAGCUGGAGGAAAAUCCAUGGAAUUGCACUUGUGACUUACUUCCUCUCAAGGCCUGGCUAGACACCAUAACUGUUUUUGUGGGAGAGAUUGUCUGUGAGACUCCCUUUAGGUUGCAUGGGAAAGACGUGACCCAGCUGACCAGGCAAGACCUCUGUCCCAGAAAAAGUGCCAGUGAUUCCAGUCAGAGGGGCAGCCAUGCUGACACCCACGUCCAAAGGCUGUCACCUACAAUGAAUCCUGCUCUCAACCCAACCAGGGCUCCGAAAGCCAGCCGGCCGCCCAAAAUGAGAAAUCGUCCAACUCCCCGAGUGACUGUGUCAAAGGACAGGCAAAGUUUUGGACCCAUCAUGGUGUACCAGACCAAGUCUCCUGUGCCUCUCACCUGUCCCAGCAGCUGUGUCUGCACCUCUCAGAGCUCAGAUAAUGGUCUGAAUGUAAACUGCCAAGAAAGGAAGUUCACUAAUAUCUCUGACCUGCAGCCCAAACCGACCAGUCCAAAGAAACUCUACCUAACAGGGAACUAUCUUCAAACUGUCUAUAAGAAUGACCUCUUAGAAUACAGUUCUUUGGACUUACUGCACUUAGGAAACAACAGGAUUGCAGUCAUUCAGGAAGGUGCCUUUACAAACCUGACCAGUUUACGCAGACUUUAUCUGAAUGGCAAUUACCUUGAAGUGCUGUACCCUUCCAUGUUUGAUGGACUGCAGAGCUUGCAAUAUCUCUAUUUAGAGUAUAAUGUCAUUAAGGAAAUUAAGCCUCUGACCUUUGAUGCUUUGAUUAACCUACAGCUACUGUUUCUGAACAACAACCUUCUUCGGUCCUUACCUGAUAAUAUAUUUGGGGGGACGGCCCUAACGAGGCUGAAUCUGAGAAACAACCAUUUUUCUCACCUGCCCGUGAAAGGGGUUCUGGAUCAGCUCCCGGCUUUCAUCCAGAUAGAUCUGCAGGAGAACCCCUGGGACUGUACCUGUGACAUCAUGGGGCUGAAAGACUGGACAGAACAUGCCAAUUCCCCUGUCAUCAUUAAUGAGGUGACUUGCGAAUCUCCUGCUAAGCAUGCAGGGGAGAUACUAAAAUUUCUGGGGAGGGAGGCUAUCUGUCCAGACAGCCCAAACUUGUCAGAUGGAACCAUCUUGUCAAUGAAUCACAAUACAGACACACCUCGGUCGCUUAGUGUGUCUCCUAGUUCCUAUCCUGAACUACACACUGAAGUUCCACUGUCUGUCUUAAUUCUGGGAUUGCUUGUUGUUUUCAUCUUAUCUGUCUGUUUUGGGGCCGGUUUAUUCGUCUUUGUCUUGAAACGCCGAAAGGGAGUGCCGAGCGUUCCCAGGAAUACCAACAACUUAGACGUAAGCUCCUUUCAAUUACAGUAUGGGUCUUACAACACUGAGACUCACGAUAAAACAGACGGCCAUGUCUACAACUAUAUCCCCCCACCUGUGGGUCAGAUGUGCCAAAACCCCAUCUACAUGCAGAAGGAAGGAGACCCAGUAGCCUAUUACCGAAACUUGCAAGAGUUCAGCUAUAGCAACCUGGAGGAGAAAAAAGAAGAGCCAGCCACACCUGCUUACACAAUAAGUGCCACUGAGCUGCUAGAAAAGCAGGCCACACCAAGAGAGCCUGAGCUGCUGUAUCAAAAUAUUGCUGAGCGAGUCAAGGAACUUCCCAGCGCAGGCCUAGUCCACUAUAACUUUUGUACCUUACCUAAAAGGCAGUUUGCCCCUUCCUAUGAAUCUCGACGCCAAAACCAAGACAGAAUCAAUAAAACCGUUUUAUAUGGAACUCCCAGGAAAUGCUUUGUGGGGCAGUCAAAACCCAACCACCCUUUACUGCAAGCUAAGCCGCAAUCAGAACCGGACUACCUCGAAGUUCUGGAAAAACAAACUGCAAUCAGUCAGCUGUGAAGGGAAAUCAUUUACAACCCUAAGGCAUCAGAGGAUGCUGCUCCGAACUGCUGGAAACAAGGACAUUAGCUUUUGUGUUUGUUUUUGUUCUCCCUUUCCCAGUGUUAAUGGGGGACUUUGAAAAUGUUUGGGAGAUAGGAUGAAGUCAUGAUUUUGCUUUUGCAAGUUUUCCUUUAAAUUAUUUCUCUCUCGCUCUCCUCCCCUCCUUUUUUUUUUUUUUUCUUUUUCCCUUCUCUUCUUAGGAACCAUCAGUGGACAUGAAUGUUUCUACAAUGCAUUUCUUCAUAGAUUUUGUUUAUGGUUUUGUUUCUUUUUUCUUCUUUGUUUUUCAGUGUGGGAGUGGGAAGAGGAGAUUAUAGUGACUGAAGAAAGAAUAGGCAAACUUUUCAAAUGAAAAUGGAUAUUUAGUGUAUUUUGUAGAAGAUCUCCAAAGAUCUUUUGUGACUACAACUUCUUUUGUAAAUAAUGAUAUAUGGUAUUUCCAUCGUCAGUUACCGAGUAUAGCCACUGGGUAUCACUACUUUGUGUUAAAGUGCCUUCGCACUUUAAGUACAUUACUUAAAUGUUGCUUUUAGCUUUGAUAAAUUGAAAAUAUUUUAAUGUGUUGUAUUUUUGAAAUUGAAAACACUGUAAAAUAGAUUGAUGUGUCAGCUAUAUUAAGUCAACGUACAGUUUGCUUGAGUUAUAGAAACCAGCCUGUCAUCAAAUGAUUCUAGUUCUAGGACUUCGUAGGCUUAACUAUAAAAUAUUUCCUUUCCUCCGGGUUUAAGUGAUUUUAUUUAAGUCAACUAAGGGGAUUUAACAGUGGACUAGAGGUAAUAAGCCACCUCAGUCAGGAUUAAUAAUUCAUUAAUAAAAUAUAUUUAACCCAAUAUCAGAGUGAAUUGAGCAAUUAAUGCCCUUCCGUAAAUCAUUAUUUUACACUAACAUGGUGAGUGUUUUAGAUUAUUUUCCUAAUUAAAAAAACGUGACACAGCUAGUAAUAUAUUUUUCUGCAUUGAAUUAGAUAUUUUUAUAUAUUUAAAUGAAAAAGUCUGUAUUUCUAACUUUUUAAUUGAAAUCAAUAUUUUUUCUGCCUAUUGAAACAUUUUCUAUAAACACACACCAGUAGAGGCCGCCACACACCUCAUUUAACAAAGACAUAUGAGCCAUUAAAGACCUCGAAGGAAGACUUCAUGGGUGAGAUUAAAACUUCCCAAGUAAGUUCUCUGCAAAAUUCAAGGUAGCAGAGAUAAAAAUGUAUCCAUUACUCUCUAUUUAUUUUAGAUCACAGGUUAGACUCAUAAUCCUUCUCAAGUUUAACACUUUCUGACAAAACAGCAUUCUCCUCUUGAGUUUAAUUGAAGCAUUAAUGGGGUGCUAUCAAAUCAAGUACUGUUUGCAUCUCCAAAUCGAUUAAUAGUUACCUAAACCAAGACAUUAAGCAUCUUUUUCCUUCUGCCUUCUUUAGGCUUGUGUUACUUGAAGUUUUCCUUGUCAGCUUGAGCAAGACUUUCAUUUUGGUGUUAGCAUUAAAAUGACUUUAAUUAGCCAAGUCUAUAUAACAUUUAUGAAGCCUUAUUAGACUGUAAAUAACUUUAGAUGCAAACGUGAUUGUGUGAUUUAAACAAACAGCCCUUCUUUACAACAAAAAAUAGUUUUGUUUUGUCUAUUGUAAAUCCUUAUGCAACUGGGAUGGUGAUCUGCAUAUAAAGUAGUUCAGCUUUUCAAUUCCUUAUUAAAGCAAGCGAUGGCGUCUGAAAGAA